AGGCCUCCGCCGAGCGGCAUUUCCUCCCCGGCCUUGGCAGGCGCUCGGCUCCGCGGACCCUCCUCUAAAAGGGAGUUGAUUUCCUGCCGCCGCAGGUCAUCAGCCCGAGCGCGGCGCCGGGCUCGCACACUCGGUCCCCGCCGCCGCCACCGCCGCCACCGAGUCCCCCGGCCGCCGCCGAGGCUGGAGCCGGGAAGCCUCCCCGGCCUCCGCCUCCGCCUGCCCGGCCCCAGCGCGAGGCCGCGCGGCCCGCCGGGGACCCCCGCGGCCCGGCCCUCGCUUUUGGACCCGGGCUAAGGGCAGCGCCGGCCGCCCCAGCGGGCAGCAUGGGCCUCCCGUCGCUGCUGCCGCUGCCGCUGCUGCUGCUGCUGUGCUGCGCGCCCGGCCGUGCCGACCCCGGGAGAGCGGCAGGCUGCGACCUGCAGCCGGUGACGGCGGAGCCGCUCGUCACCCUGUCCUACGCCACGGGCACGGUGCCCCGGGGCUGCGUGAGCAGCGGCUCGCUGAAGACGCCCCAGGAGGUGCACAUCCUCAGCGUGCAGGCGUCCAAGGCCUCCACGUUCACGCUCAACGUGUCGGUGAUGCCGCGAGGUGGUGGCUGCACGCGGCGAGCGGUGCUCAUCCUCCACUGCGCGCGGUGCUCGGCCACCGUCACCUCGUCCUGCCCCAACCUGCUCGUCCGCACGAACGCCAGCCUGGGCCCGGCGGCCAACGCGUCCUCGCUGGGGCUGGAGCUGCCCGAGGACGCCGGCGAGCGGGAGCUGCUGCAGUGGGCCUGGGGCGCCUACGGGGGCGUCACCUCCUACAGCCAGCUGCAGGACCCCCGCGGGGUGCUGCUGCGCCUGGGCGAAGACAGCGGCAGCCCCGAGGAGUGCGUCCCCCAGGAGCGCUUCAACGCCACGCCGCACCUCGAGACCGAGGUCUUCUUCCGCGGGGUGAAGGGCUGCUCGAGCGGCACCGCCGAGAGCAGCGGGGCCGCCCACAUCAUCCGGCUGCAGCCCGACCGCAGCUCUGCCAUCACGGAGGUGUACCUGUCGCUGAGCUGCGCCGAGGUGGCCAUGAGCAACCAGCUCCUCAUCCUGCAGAGCCGGGCCAACCUCACCUGGUCCCUGUCUGUGAAAAACUGCCACAUACAGUUCCUGGUAUCUGGCACCUACAAGAUCGCAGCCAUGUCCACGACUCUGCUGAAGGGGGAGGUGCUGCCGGACACGGAGCAGGGCCUCAUCGCCAAGGCCUUCGAGAAGAACUACAAAGUCAUCGCCUCCUACUCCACCAUCCCUGUCAGCACCCGCGUGACCCUAGAGAUCCAGGAGCACGAGGUGGCCAAGGAGCCCCCCACGACGCCCACCCCCACAUCGCCCCCCUCCGACACCCUGUCCCACACCCUGCUCCGCAUGCUCCAGCCCUGGAAGUGCACGGACGACACCAUGGAGAUCGUCAUCGCCCGGUCCCUCCUGGAGUCCAUCAAGGACGUGGUGAACAUCACCCUGCGGGACAUCAGCUGCCAAGCGGAGAAGAACGCCACCCACUUCAUGCUGAGAACCCCCCUCAGCCACUGCGGCACCUCUCUGGAGAGCAAGGGCCAUGCUAAAAACGAGCUCAUCCUCAGCCUGUCCAAGGGCUCGUCCCUGCGGAGCGUGCCGGUGCCCUUCCAGUGCACCAUCCCCCGGGAGCUCUUCCUGCGCCUCUUCCCCACGGCCGCCUUCGAGGCGCCCCAGACGGAGCUGGAGGUCAACAAGGAGGCCUACCUGCAGGCCUCCAUGCGCUGGGAGGACUACCCGGCCGACCUGCAGCUCAAGGAGUGCUGGCUGGCGGCACCGGGCGCUGAGCCGCGGCUGCUGGUGCUGGCCAACAAGGCGCAGGGCUCCGGCGUGGCCGUGCUGGAGGGGCCGCCCAGCAGCCGGGCCCGCAAGGUCUGGCGCUUCCGCUUCACCUUCGCCGUCCCCGAGGGAGUCCGCGUGCCUUUCUCCGCCAGCCUCACGUGCAAGGCCGGCCUGCAGAACAACACCAUCUUCGAGAAGGUCCUGGAGGUGACGGUGAAGGACGUGUGGCGGCCGCACAACAACGGAGGCCUGGGGCUGGCUGCCGUCCUGGGCAUCACCUUCGGGGCCUUCCUCAUCGGGGCGCUCCUCACCGCCGUGCUCUGGUACAUCUACUCGCACACCCGUCCCAUCUCCAAAAUGCAGCCGGUUUCUGCCACGGCGCCGGCCUCGGAGAGCAGCAGCACCAACCACAGCAUCGGCAGCACCCAGAGCACCCCCUGCUCCACCAGCAGCGUGGCCUGACGCCCGCCGCGCUGCCCCUCGCCCGCCUCCCCGCCGCCGACGGCUGAGCGCCCCGCCGGGCCCCCGCGCUCUCGGCAACGCCCGCCGCCGGCGGGGAGACUUUGGGGCACGGCAGCGCCGCCCGGAGCCCCCCCCACCCCCCAAAACCCGGGGGCUCGCCUCCCUCCGGCCGAGACCGGAGGGCGUCCCGCCGCCGCCGUUAUUCAUUCAGUGAAUGGUUUGGCUCCGCCAGGGCGGCGGGCACCGGCGUCCCCCACCCCGCCGAAGCGCGCGGGAUGCCCCCCGGGGAGGCGGAUAGGGGCGAGGGGGGCUGAGCCCCGGCCCCACGGGCCCCAGGCACCGGCGCACUCCUCCUGGGGGGCUCCCGGCUCCGGCAACGCCACGCGACCCCCCCCAGUGAAGGCACUGGUCGUGGGCUCGGAGCAGCACGAGGUUUAUUGGUUUCGGGCCGCGGCAGGGCGGGCGUCAUGCCAUGCCUCGCCGCCCCUCUCCAAACUAGGCGAUUUGUAGAAAAUAAAAAUAUAUAUAUAUAUGUAUAUAUAUAUACUAAAAAAAAAAAGGGCCUCCCACCCCCUCCAUCUUCUGGUCAAAGUUGCAAACUCUUAAUAAUAAUAAAAAAUCUACCCUCUGUUAAA